CCGACUCUAUUUAAGGAGUUCAACCCCAGGCCCAGGGCUGUCUUGUGGCUUUUCCAGCUCGCCAUGGCUAGGGCACUGGUAGCACAAACUGUACUUGCAUGGUUGGGCCUGUGCUGGUCUCUAGGCACUGCCAGCCCUCUUCCUCCGACCAGCGUGCGUGGGAACAUCACUGAAGGUGAGAGUGGGACCAAGACAGACCAAGACGCGAUCCACGAACACUGCUCGGAUGGCUGGAGCUUUGACGCCACCACCCUGGAUGACAGUGGGGCCAUGCUGUUUUUUAAAGGGGAGUUCAUGUGGAAGAGUCACAAAUGGACCAAGGAGGUGAUCUCAGAGAGGUGGAAGAAUUCCACCAGCUCCGUGGACGCAGCGUUCCGCCAUGGUCACGACAGUGUCUUCCUGAUCAAGGGGGACAAGGUCUGGGUGUACCCUCCUGAAAAGAAGGAGAAAGGAUACCCAGCGUUGCUCCAAGAUGAAUUUCCCGGAAUCCCAUCCCCACUGGAUGCAGCUGUGGAAUGUCACCGUGGAGAAUGCCAGGAGGAAGGCGUCCUCUUUUUCCAAGGUAACCGCAAGUGGUUCUGGGACGUGGCUACAAGAACCACAAAGGAGCGUAUCUGGCCAGCUGUUGGAAACUGCACCUCUGCCCUGCGGUGGCUUGGCCGCUACUACUGCUUUCAGGGUAACCAGUUCUUGCGCUUCAACCCUGUCACGGGAGAGGUGCCUGCCAGAUACCCUCUGGAUGCCCGUGACUACUUCAUGCCCUGCCCUGGCAGAGGCCACAGAAACAGGACUGGCCAUGGGAACAGCACCCACCGUCAACUUGAAGAAUCACGCUGUAGCCCAAGACUAGUCUUGUCUGCAUUGGUAUCUGACAACCACGGUGCCACCUAUGCCUUCAGCGGCUCUCACUACUGGCGUCUGGACACCAGCCGGGAUGGAUUUCAUAGCUGGCCCAAUGAUCACCAGUGGCCCCAGGGCCCUUCAUCGGUGGAUGCUGCCUUUUCCUGGGAGGAUAAACUCUACCUGGUUCAGGGCACCCAGGUAUAUGUCUUCCUGACAAAGGGAGGUUAUCCUCUUGUAAGUGGUUAUCCUAAGCGGCUGGAGAAGGAACUUGGGGGCCCUCAUGGGAUCAGCCUGACGUCUGUGGAUGCAGCCUUUACUUGUCCCGGGUCUUCUCAUCUCUAUGUCAUGGCAGGUCGGCGGCUGUGGUGGUUGGACCUGAAGUUGGGUGCUCAAGCCACGUGGACAGAGCUUCCUUGGUCCCAUGAGAACAUGGAUGGGGCCCUGUGUGUGGAAAAGUCCCUUGGCCUCACCUCGUGCUCUGCCAGUGGUCCCAGCGUGUACCUUAUCCACGGCCCCAAUGUGUACUGCUACAGUGAUGUGGAGAAAAUGAGUGCAGCCAAGACCCUCCCGCAGCCCCAGAGGGUAGCCAGCAUCCUGGGCUGCAGCCACUGAGGAGCCUCCAGACAAGAAUCUGGCCCAGCCCCACCUCCUCAACUUUCUCCCAAUAAAGCCAGGUUGCUACUUCA